CUGCGAUUAGCAUUUCUUUCUCUUCUGCUUUUUAUCAUUUCUGAUCGUGGACAUCAGUUGACUAUUUUUGGAGCUCAUGCAUUUGAUUAUAAUAACAAUCCGAACGUGACUCAGCAUGUCUUUAGUGAGUCAAUGGUGAACUACAGGAAGACAUUUAAUAUAACUUAUGGACAGCAGAAGAAGAUGCAUUGGCUGAGGAUUAUUUUAAUGCACGAGUCUUAUGCAUGCUAUAAGAAAACUAGCGAUGACAUUUUACAUCCGGAAAUGCAGAAAAUCAUCAAAAAUGACGGACAAGAAAAGUUUGAUUUAAUUAUUAUGGAAUGUGCAUUUUGUCAGCUGGCACUGCUUGCUGAGAUUCAUGACUGUCCAAUAGUUAAGUUAACAGCAUCCGAACCAAGUGUUGCCAGUCAUUCAAAUAUUGGAAAUGACGUAAAUCCAGCAAUUUAUUCAGACUCAACUCGAUUCCCAUAUUUACAUGGCAAAAUGACAUUUUUGGAAAGGCUUAGUUCCGUUUUUUAUCACUUUGCAUAUUUAUGCUCAUUUUCAAUUCCAAACUACAUUUAUUACAUGCAGAAAAUUGAAAAGGAACAUCCAUUUCCGGGUAUAACAAAAUAUGCUCAUGAAGUCUACAACAGUCGACUGGCACUCAUGAUAGCCAAUACAAGUCCUGAAUUUGGACAUGUCCGUGCAUUGUCACCUUAUACAAUUCAAAUUGGAUUCUUUCAUGUUGAGGAACCGAAAGAAUUGACGAAUUUUGAGGUUAAGAACUAUCUUGACUCAUCCAAAAAUGGUGUCAUUGUCAUGAGCUUCGGAUCAGCUAUCAAGACAGCAGACAUUGGAACUGAAAGUAUCGAAAAGUUCUUGAAAGCUUUCAAUCAAACCAGUUACAACAUCUUGUGGAAGUUCGAUGAACCAAUUGAUCCACAAAUAAUACCAAAAAAUGUCAAAUUGACCAACUGGAUGCCACUUUCUGAUGUCUUAGCUCAUCCAAAUGUUAAAAUUAUCAUUCAUCAUGGUGGACUGUUGACUUCCUAUGAAGCUAUUGCUCGGGAAGUUCCACAAAUUAUUUUCCCACUCGUCUACGAUGAAGGCGCAAAUGCAAAGCUUCUGGCUGACCGACAAGUUGCCAUUGAUCUAGAUUUGGAUGACUUUGAUGAAUUCAGAUUGAUUCAAGCUAUUAGAGAUGUAUCAGCACCACUUUUUAAAGAUAAUAUUAAGCAGUUGAGGACACUAGCUUAUGAUCAACCAAUGAACAAGAAAGAUUUGGCAGUUUUUCAUAUUGAAAAAGUCAUUAGACAUAAAGGAAGGAAUCGACAUAAUAUGAAUGUUGACAAUACUGUUAGAUAUUUAUUUGAUAUGUACUUGCUGCUAUCUUUUGUUAUAUUCCUGAUGACUGCUAGCUGUUAUAUAAUUUUAAGAAAAUUUUAUUUGAAUUUUGAUAAAAUAAAGUCUGAAUAA